AUGGUUCACCCAAACCCCCUAACGUCCGAUAAGAUCAUCCUCUUCGGCGACUCCCUGACCGAACAAAGCUGGAACCAAGAAUUCUCUUUCAAUCUCUCGCCAGCAUUGCAGCAUGAAUAUUUUCGCAAAUUACAAAUUCUUGCGCAUGGCUAUGGAGGCUAUAAUAGUGAACAUGCGCGACAUAUCCUGGAACCCAUGCUCAGCGCCGAAACCGCUGGAGGCAGUCGAAUCAGAUUACUAGUGAUCUUCUUCGGAACCAACGACGCGGUCGAACCUACAAAUACUCGGCAGCAUAUUCCUAUACAACGCUAUGCCGAGAAUCUGCGAUUUCUGACGGUCCACGCACUCGAUCGGGGUAUCGACGUGAUCUUAGUUGGACCAGCUCUUGUUGGGGAACACGUUCUGGAUCACUCCAACCAAGUGCACAGGGCAUAUUCGCAAGCUGUGAAACAAGUCGCACAGGAACACGAUGUGCCAUUUGUGGAUUUGUGGACCGAGUUUCAAACGUACACCAGAUCAUCUUCGAGCGGUGACGAUCGCCAGGGCGGCAAUGAGAGCGUCGACGCGAACCGGACAAACAACUUGACCGAUCUUCUUGCGCCGGAUGGAGUGCAUUUCUCUGGCCAGGGAUAUCACAUUUAUUAUAAGCUACUCCUUCGUACUAUCCGCGAAUCGUUUCCUUCUUUGCGAACAGAGGAUCUGCCAACGGUCCUGCCGCAUAUCUACGAUAUCGACGAGGCGGACUUGCCAGAGUCCCUAUGGCGCCCUGUUGCGAUAAAGGAUCACUAG